UAACAUUAUCUGCAGCAAUUCUUUAAUUGAGGCCCUGUCCUGUUAUCAGUUCCGAAGCAUUUAGCGUCCAAUGUUCCACGCAAGCGCCGACAAGCGAUAUGUAUACACAGCCAAAAUUUUAAAAAUAUAUAAAAAUUUGAAAGAGGCAGCUCUCGAGUCUGACAUCAUUUCGACAAGUCUCAAGAGCCUAAAUUGUUUGGUAGCACUCGUGUCACUAAAAGUAAGGAUGUGGGCUUUUAUACACUAGCUUGGUUCAAUUUCGCGCAUUCACAAAACUGUGCCAAAUCAAAUAGACAUUGUAUUUCAUAUUUAAGUAUUUAUUUUAAUUUAUUAGUGAAAUGGAUUUACGGAAAACAUUUCGGCGCUUUUCAUCUGUCAUUUUUGUUAUUUUAUAUCUGGAUUAUACCAAGUCGGUCUUGUCAGCCUGUAUCCCUGGAGAUGGCUGUCCUACUACUUGUCCAGAGAACUGUCUGGCAGGGUGCACACGGACUGAGAGGUGUUUAGGAGGGUGUCGACCAGGAUGGCGCGGGGCGAGAUGUGAUGAAAGCUGUGAACCUUUCACCUAUGGUUCAAACUGUAAUCUGUACUGCGGACACUGCCUUGAUGAUAAGCCUUGUGACAUGAAGACUGGAAUCUGCAGCAAUGGUUGUCUCCCAGGGUGGAUGGGGAAACUCUGCAAAGACCCUUGCAUGGCUUACACUUAUGGUUUCAACUGUUCCGGAAAAUGCGGAAAAUGUCAGUCUGAGCGACCGUGUAAUAGAGAGACAGGAGACUGCAGUACGGGGUGUGAAGUAGGGUACAAUGGGGACCGCUGUGAUCAAGAAUGUCCACCACAGUCCUAUGGGAUUGCCUGUUCUAUGUCAUGUGGAAAAUGUAAGAAUGGGUCAUCUUGCGACACCGUCACGGGUCACUGCUCAGAUGGAUGUGAGCCUGGCCGGAUCGGAGAAAAAUGUGACCGACGGUGUCCACUUGGUUUCUUUGGUAAUACUUGUCAGAGCAUUUGCGGGAAGUGUCAAAAUGGUGUAUGCGACCACGUGACCGGACAUUGCCUAGCAGGAUGCAAGCCGGGAUGGACUGGUUCAAUUUGUGCCGAGAAAUGCGCAAACAACACUUAUGGCCCUAACUGCAGUCUCUCCUGUGGACAUUGUCAUGCCGGUGAAAGCUGCGACCCCAGUCGUGGUGGAAUGUGCACUAAGGGGUGUUCCAGCGGUUGGAGAGGUCCGCGCUGUGACGAAGGAUGUCCCAAAGGAUUUUACGGCCUGGCUUGCGGUUACAAGUGUGGUCACUGCUCCGAUGGGGAGGCAUGUGAACCACAAAACGGUACCUGUACCGGCGGUUGUAUAGAUGGCUUCAGAGGAGCAUUUUGUACAGACUCUGAAGACGCAACAAACCCGUUGACACACAGCCUUUUGAUGUCGGUACUGGUGUCCGUAAUCGUGGUUCUCCUAUUGUUAUUCACCGCCACAGUUAUGUACUUUGUUUGUGUGCGGUAUAAACAUGGACUUUUCAGUCGCUUUUACAGGUUGUCAACGAGAAGUUUACAAAGCCCAGAACUACAUCUGUAUGAACAGGUUUUGUCUGGACCGUUUGAGCUGAACAAAUAUAAUCUUAUCAUAACCAAUGAAAAACUCGGACACGGACAAUUUGGAAUGGUAAAAAAGGGCUACGUAAAGCAAGAUAGAGACCACAAAAUACCAGUAGCGGUAAAAUCACUCAAAGAGUCGUCCUCAGAGAGAGAUAAGAAUGAUUUUAUGAAUGAAUUGAACAUUCUGAAGAAAGUUGGCCAGCAUCCAAAUGUGGUGUGUCUGGUUGGUGCCUGUCAUAUACAAGGAACAAUGUUUGUUGCAAUGGAAUUCUGUGUAAACGGUGAUCUGAGGUCUUAUCUGAGAAAGAUGAAAAGGUGCAAAAACAAUUUGUACGCAAACGCAAAGAUGAUAUCGCCCAUACAAAAGUCAGUCCUGUUGAAAUUUGCACUAGAUGUUGCCUCCGGUCUUUCUCACCUUGCAGACAGACAGAUCAUUCACAGAGAUGUGGCUGCCCGCAAUGUUCUCCUGGAUGAGCACCUCAUCGCCAAAGUAGCAGAUUUUGGACUCUCUAAAAACGACGACACCUACGUUAAAACUUCCAAUACACGAGUUCCUGUGAAAUGGCUGGCACCAGAAUCAUUAUUUAAUGCAACCUAUACGUCACAGAGCGAUGUAUGGUCAUUUGGUGUCCUGCUGUGGGAGGUUUGCACUCUAGGUGGUACUCCAUACCAUGGAAUAGACACGGCCCAAAUGUGUCAUCUACUCAAGCAAGGAUUCCGCAUGCGCAGACCAAGAACUUGUGAACCUGCUUUGUACGCGAUGAUGUUGCAAUGUUGGAAUGAAAAUCCAGAUGGUCGCCCGUAUUUUGGUGACAUUGUUUUACGAUUACAGCGCAUGCUCGACGAUAGUCAGGUGUAUAUGAAUCUUGAUGUAAAUGAGGGGAAUCUUUAUGCUGAAAUUAAGUGACAUUAGAUUCGCCAAGUUCGCCGCUAAUCGAGUUCUCACGUAUGCGUCUCAAGGAUGCUCGUGUUAAGGUCUUCAAGCAUUCCGGGAAAAACUGUGUGAUAGUGUUUGCAGGCAUUUCAUUCAGAGCAAGAUUAAUGGUGUAUGCUCAUUGACCAGUCAUAUACACACUUCCUAUUUCUAAUGACGAAUACUUUACAAAAAUUGUGUUUACACAACGAACUACUAAGAAGCAAUAUUUUAGAUUAUUUGAGGGAAAUUGUAUAUAGAAACCUCUUAUAUUUCUUGGGUAUUUAGUAUUCGAAUGUUCAAUGCACUUAAACCUAUAAACAUUUAUGAACUCUGAUGAAACAACAGAUCUGGAUGCAAUCAUUUGUGAUAUUAGUAUAUUUAUAGAUCUUCUCCUGGUGCUGGACACUAGGGAGGUGUCGUUAAUUUAUUACAUGUUUCUUUUGUUUCUGUCAAAACUGAAAAUUAAUUUUUGCAUAUUGCUUUA